UUUUCAAAUGCAUUAUCUGUAGCAAAUCAAAGAUUGCUACACUUCUAUGAACUACCCUUUGAAUGGAGAGAAAACCCUUAUAUAAUUCAUGGUUACAGAUUUUAUAACAAAAAUUCAACCUGCCUUAAAUCUAUUCUUCAUUUAAAUCAUAACGAAUCCGCAAAUAUUUGGUCCCAUUUAUUUGGUUCUUUUUUCUUACUCUACUUAAUGCUCAUUCAUUUUCCCAAUAAAUUAUUUCAAAAUAAUUUCCAUCACAUUAAUACCAAUUUGAUAAUCGCUGUCUAUGUUUUUUUGUUAUCUUCCCUUAAUUGUCUAUUGUCUUCUGUUUCUUGGCACACUUUUUCUGCUACCACUAAUUUGAACUUAAGGCAAACAUGCGCUUGUAUUGAUUAUACUGGUAUAACAAUCUUAAUAACUUGCUCAAUAAUAUCAAUUGAAAUUAUCGCAUUUGAAUUCCAUUAUAUUAAAAAGUUACUAUUUAUUAUUUCAACUUCAUUGAUUGGAUUUUCUGGUUUAUUGUUAAACUGGAGCCCAACCUUUGACAAAAAUGAAAACAAAUUUCUAAGAAUAGGAUUUUUCUGUUUUUUAGCAUUUUUAGGAAUUUUUUCAUUUAUAAUUCAUUGUUUCAUUUAUGGAUUUUUCAGAAGUUUUGUUUAUUUUCUACCUGAAUGUAAAAGUUUAAUUUGGUAUCUUAUUGGUAUUGUCUUUUAUGGUUAUUUGAUACCUGAAAUAUGGAGAUCCGAUAUUAAAAUUGGUAAACUUUUAUUAAACGAAAAUUUAUAUCAAUCUGAAUUGGCUAAAAUUCAAAAUAAUCUUCAAAAUCAUGACAAUAAUGAUGAUAAAUUAAGUUUCAGUUGCUGUGAAAAAAAAUUACAUGAAACAUUUUUCAAACUACAACCAAUCAAGACUAAAAAUCAUGGAAAUUUUUUUUCAUUAUGGUGGGUUGAUUAUAUCUUUUCAUCUCAUAAUUUUUGGCAUUUAUGUGUAUUACUUGGAAUUGUAUUUCAUUAUUUUGCUUUAGUUAGUAUGAUUGAAAAUCUUGAAGUUUCUUAUUAA